CGCAACUUUGUGGCGCCGGUCCGCUCCGCGCGCGGCACUCAUCCAUCGCCCCCACCCCGAGCGUGCAGCUCGAGCUCCCGCAGGCCGACCCGAGUAGAGGGUCGCCGGGCCAGGACCCAGCGGGCCACUCGGUGGUGGUGGGGGGAAACUGAGGCCAGAAGAGGGCGGAGAGCGCAGCGGACCCCCGCGGGCUGGGAGCGUCCAUGCAGUCGUGUGCCAAGGCAUGGGGUCUGCGCCUGGGCCGCGGCGUCGGGGGCGGCCGCCGCCUGGCUCGGGGCGCGGGCUCGAGUUGGGCUCCACCGAGCCGGGACCGCAGCAGCGGUGGCGGCGGCGGGGACAGCGAUACCGCCGGGGCCUCGCGCCUUCUCGAGCGCCUCCUGCCCCGCCACGACGACUUCGCUCAGAGACACAUCGGACCCCGGGACAAAGACCAGAAGGAGAUGCUGCAGGCCCUGGGGCUGGCGAGCAUGGAUGAACUCGUCGAGAAGACAGUCCCCGCCAGCAUCCGCUUGAAGAGACCUUUGAAAAUGGAAGACCCUGUUUGUGAAAAUGAAAUCCUUGCAACUCUCCAUGCUAUUUCAAGCCAAAACCAGAUCUGGAGAUCGUAUAUCGGCAUGGGCUAUUAUAACUGCUCAGUGCCACAAACCAUUUUGCGGAACUUGCUGGAGAAUUCAGGAUGGAUCACCCAGUAUACUCCUUACCAGCCAGAGGUGUCUCAAGGGAGGUUGGAGAGCUUACUUAACUACCAGACCAUGGUGUGUGACAUCACAGGCCUGGACAUGGCCAACGCAUCCCUGCUGGAUGAGGCCACUGCAGCUGCAGAGGCCAUGCAGCUGUGCCACAGACACAACAAGAGGAAGAAGUUUUUUGUUGACCCUCGUUGCCACCCACAGACAAUAGCUGUUGUCCAGACUCGAGCCAAAUAUAGGGGAGUCCUUGUUGAGCUGAAGUUACCCCAUGAAAUGGACUUCAGUGGAAAAGACGUGAGUGGAGUGUUAUUCCAGUACCCCGACACUGAGGGGAAGGUGGAAGACUUCACAGAGCUCGUGGAAAGAGCGCACGAGGCUGGGAGCCUGACCUGCUGUGCUACUGACCUUUUGGCUCUGUGUAUCUUGAAGCCCCCUGGAGAGUUUGGGGUGGACAUUGCCCUGGGUAGCUCACAGCGGUUUGGAGUGCCACUGGGCUAUGGGGGACCACAUGCAGCCUUUUUUGCUGUCAGAGAAAACUUGGUGAGGAUGAUACCUGGAAGGAUGGUGGGGGUCACCAGAGAUGCCACUGGGAAAGAAGUAUAUCGACUUGCUCUUCAAACCAGGGAGCAACACAUCCGAAGGGACAAAGCCACCAGCAACAUCUGUACAGCCCAGGCCCUCCUGGCAAAUAUGGCUGCCAUGUUUGCCAUCUACCAUGGAUCCCACGGGUUGGAGCAUAUUGCUAGAAGGGUACAUAAUGCCACUUUGAUUUUGUCUGAAGGUCUCAGGCGAGCAGGGCAUCAACUCCAGCAUGACUUAUUUUUUGACACCCUGAAGGUUCAGUGCGGCUGCUCAGUGAAAGAAGUUUUGGCCAGGGCUGUUCAGCGACAAAUCAAUUUUCGGUUAUUUGAAGAUGGCACACUUGGUAUUUCCUUGGAUGAAACAGUCAAUGAAAAAGAUCUAGAUGAUUUGUUGUGGAUCUUCGGUUGUGAGUCAUCCGCAGAAUUGGUGGCUGAAAGCAUGGGGGAAGAGAGAAGAGGUAUUCUGGGGUCUACAUUCAAGAGAACCAGCCAGUUUCUCACACAUCAGGUGUUCAACAGCUAUCAUUCAGAAACAAAUAUUGUCCGCUACAUGAAGAAACUAGAAAACAAAGACAUUUCCCUUGUUCACAGCAUGAUUCCACUGGGAUCCUGCACCAUGAAGCUCAACAGCGCCUCUGAACUGACACCCAUCACGUGGAAAGAAUUCGCAAACAUCCACCCCUUUGUGCCUCUGGACCAAGCCCAGGGAUACCAACAGCUUUUUCGAGAGCUUGAGAAAGAUUUAUGUGAACUCACAGGUUAUGACCGGAUCUCUUUCCAGCCUAAUAGCAAAUUCCCAGGUGAUGCUGGAUACCACACUGUGAAAAGUUUUUUAGAUGAAGGCGCUGAGCACCAUCGGUCAGUUUGCCUCAUUCCGAAAUCAGCACAUGGAACCAAUCCUGCUAGUGCGCACAUGGCAGGCAUGAAGAUUCAGCCCGUGGAGGUGGAUAAGUACGGGAAUAUUGAUACGGCUCACCUCAGGGCCAUGGUGGAUAAACACAAGGAGAACCUGGCAGCCAUCAUGAUCACAUACCCAUCCACCAAUGGAGUGUUUGAAGAGAACAUCGGAGAUGUGUGCUCCCUUAUCCACCAACAUGGAGGACAGGUUUACCUUGAUGGGGCAAAUAUGAAUGCUCAGGUGGGAAUCUGUCGUCCUGGAGACUUUGGGUCUGAUGUCUCGCACUUAAAUCUUCACAAGACCUUCUGUAUCCCCCACGGAGGAGGUGGUCCUGGCAUGGGUCCCAUUGGAGUGAAGAAGCAUCUUGCUCCCUUUCUGCCCAGUCACCCCAUUGUUUCAAUGAAGUCGGAUGAGACUACGUGGCCUGUUGGGACCAUCAGUGCAGCCCCAUGGGGCUCCAGUUCCAUCUUGCCCAUUUCAUGGGCCUACAUUAAGAUGAUGGGAGGCAAGGGCCUUAAACAGGCCACGGAAAUGGCUAUUUUAAAUGCCAACUACAUGGCCAAGCGAUUAGAAAAACACUAUAGAGUCCUUUUUAGGGGUGCAAGAGGUUAUGUGGCUCAUGAGUUUAUUUUGGACAUAAGGCCCUUCAAAAAGUCUGCAAAUAUUGAGGCAGUGGAUGUAGCCAAGAGACUCCAGGAUUACGGAUUUCAUGCUCCCACAAUGUCCUGGCCUGUGGCAGGGACUCUUAUGAUUGAGCCCACUGAGUCAGAGGACAAGGCAGAGCUGGACAGAUUCUGUGAUGCCAUGAUCAACAUUCGGCAGGAAAUUGCUGACAUCGAGGAGGGCCGCAUUGACCCUACGGUCAAUCCGCUGAAGAUGUCUCCACACUCCUUGACCUGCGUCACAUCCUCCCACUGGGACCGGCCAUAUUCCAGAGAGGUGGCAGCAUUCCCACUUCCCUUUGUGAAACCAGAGAACAAAUUCUGGCCCACCAUUGCUCGGAUUGAUGACAUAUAUGGAGAUCAGCACCUGGUUUGUACCUGCCCACCCAUGGAAGUUUAUGAAUCCCCAUUUUCUGAACAAAAAAGGGCUUCUUCUUAGACCUCUCUCCCCCUGCCCCUCUCGCUAAGUUCAGAGACUGAUUUGAUGCCGUCCACUGGAACAUUUGCUAUAAGCAAGAAAUACUUUGUCUCCCAGGCCUCAGUAGGGGUUUAUAUACUGUAUAUUUUUGUAAUCUCUGGUGAGGUAAAUGUAAAUACAGGUAGCCUUAGUGCGUGGCAGCAGAUUGAUUGUCUUCCAUACUUUGCUUCCACAUGUACCAGGUGAUAUUCUAGUUGCCUUGAUUGGGAACCAUUUCAUUUUUUUGUGUAGGAAAGUAUGGAUGUGCUAGCAAUUUUAACUUUCAAAUGUGAGAAGUUUGCAAAUGUUAGCCUUACUAGAGAUUCAAUAGACAUCUUUUUGUUCCAAAUAAGUCCUUGUGGACUGGGCCAUCUGCAGGAAUUCCCAGGGCAAAUGUUUACAUUUUGUACACAUUGAGGGAACUCUCAUUCCUGACUAAUUUGCCUAAUCUGUAAUAGCAUUUUGGAGUGUUUUCCUCUUUCUUUGUGGGUGGUUUUUUUUGUUUGUUUGUUUUUUAUC